AAUCCAUCCAUCUGUCCAGCAAUCAGUUCAGACUUUGGUUUCUACCUCAAUGUUCUCAUUUUCUCAUCAUGUGAUGAAUUGUGUGUCUGCAGCUUAUCAGGCUGUUUGGUCUCAGAGGAAGGCUGUGCUUCUCUGGCCUCAGCUCUGACCUCCAACCCCUCCCAUCUGAAAGAGUUGGACCUGAGCUACAAUCAUCCAGGAGACUCAGGAGUGAAGCUGCUGUGGGCUGGACUGAAGGAUCCACACUGGAGACUGGAAGCUCUCAGACUGAGUGGCUGUAACCUCUCAGAGAGAAGCUGUGAAGCUCUGUCCUCAGUUCUCAGCUCCCAGUCCUCCAGUCUCAGAGAACUGGACCUGAGUAACAACAACCUGCAGGAUUCAGGAGUGAAGCUUCUCUCUGCUGGACUGAAGAGUCCAAACUGCAACCUGGAAACUCUCAGGUAACUCUGGACACUUGAUAAAUUGCUGCAUCUUAGGUGAAAAAGAAGCAAAAUUACAGAUCCCAGCAGUUCUUAUUUAUUCCACAUGUUACAAAUCCAUCCAUCCAUCCAGCAAUCAGUUCA